AUCUGCAGUUCCUCAGAGAAGUGAAAGUAGCAAAGAGGAAUCCAGUAAUUCCUGUUAUCAUCAGCAGGCUUUAUAAAUCAGGGAGCCAGAAGGUGGCAGGAGCCUGCAGCUCUGUAUUAUGGCUUCACACCUGGCCGAGAGCCUCAGGAGCACCAGGAUGGCCCGGACUCUGCCGUCCCUGCUGCUUCUCCUCCUCGCCCUCCACAGCGCCCUGACCCUGAAGCUCUGCUCCUUCAACGUGAGGUCCUUUGGGGAAAGCAAGAAGCAAAACCAAAACGCCAUGGAUGUCAUUGUGAAGAUCAUCAAACGCUGUGACCUCAUACUGCUGAUGGAAAUCAAGGACAGCCGCAACAGGAUCUGCCCCAUGCUGAUGGAGAAGCUGAAUGGAAAUUCAAGGAGAGGAACGACAUACAGCUACGUGAUUAGCUCUCGGCUUGGAAGAAACACAUAUAAAGAGCAGUAUGCCUUUAUCUACAAGGAGAAGCUGGUGACAGUGAAGGAAAACUACCUCUACCAUGACUUCCAGGAUGGAGACGCAGAUGUGUUUUCCAGGGAGCCCUACGUGGUCUGGUUCCAGUCACCCCACACUGCUGUGAAGGACUUCGUGAUUAUUCCCCUGCACACCACCCCUGAGAGCUCCGCAAAAGAGAUGGACGAGCUGGUGGACGUGUACAUGGACGUGCACCGCCGGUGGAAGGCCGAGAAUUUCAUUUUCAUGGGUGACUUCAACGCUGGCUGCAGCUAUGUUCCCAAGAAGGCCUGGAAUAACAUUCGCUUGAGGACCGACCCCAAGUUCGUGUGGCUGAUCACAGAUGACGAGGACACCACGGUCAAGCAGAGCACGAGCUGCGCCUAUGACAGGAUCGUGCUUCGAGGACAAGAGAUCGUCAAGUCUGUGGUUCCCAACUCAAACGGUGUCUUUGACUUCCAGAAAGCCUAUCAGCUGUCUGAGGAGGAGGCACUAGAGGUCAGCGAUCACUUUCCAGUUGAAUUUAAACUGCAGUCUGCGAGGGCCUUCGGCAACAGCAAAAAAUCUGUUCCUCUGAAAAAGAAGAAGAAGGCCAGUCGCACAUAGAUACAAGGGCACCGUUUGAUUCACCAUCUCCGGCCGCUAAAUGAAUGGCUCUACCAACCACCCCCUGCACUCUCAGGGAAGAAAACCGCUUUUAUUUUCCACUUGAGUUAACUCUGCCUUAGUCAAACUGGAAGGAGCAUCUUCUCUGAUCCUGCCCGGCUCCUACCUCAUCACGACUGCCCAAAGGGAAACUUGGGCUUUCGAAGUCCACGAAGAAGGCUUUUGCGUGAGAGCCAGAGCCCCACAGGCACUGGCGCUAGUUCCCUGCCGACCCUGCCACAGGAGCGGCCGCCAAGGACAGACACCAGCCUUGACUUCUCGUGAAAGAAUCUCAUGCCCAGGAAAUGAGCAUAAACACCUGGGCCCCAGCUGCCCCCUCUGUGGCAAUGAAGUGUUUGAACUCUGCCUCUUCUCCCUGAGGCCAGGCCGCCCUCGGAGCUCACACCUAUGCAGGGAACGGCCACUCCCACCUGGCCUGCUGGCCUCCACAUCGUCCUCCCCCAGCCAGCCUGCCCAGUGACCACCAAUGUCAUCCUGUCAUGCUCCACCUCAGGGCCUUGGCUCCGCGCAUGGCUUACUCCAUCCCAGAGCCUGGACGGAGGGCACUGCGUCCCAUUUUCUCUGCUGGCGUUACAGCACUGACCACACUGAGAUAGUCACAGAGCUCGUCCUAGAGCUCCCUGGAGGUUCUCCUGGGACAAAGUCUCCACUGCUGGCUGAGCCGGGAAUACGCUGUUAUUUUUCUGCAACCUCUAUGCAUCUAGCAACGUAGUACCAUUUCGCCUGCAUGCAGUGUGCCCCUUUUUGUGUAUUUUCCCUGGUCUUGCUUCUCGGCUCCACCAGUACAUGAACAUUGCUUAAAUACACGCACAAUACUGAAGCAGCAGCGACAAAAAAGAACACCACACCCUGAUGCAUCCUCUGGUUUCCUGUCUCAGAAAGAGCCCCUCUACCCAGCUUGCGGUCCUCCACCAAGCCUGUGAAUGAAUGAGCAACACAGAGAACCUGGAAAAAUACAAAGUGUGGCACAC